UCCACUGUCCUCUCUCUGUCCCUGUCUCUCUGUCUGUCCCUCUGUCACCAUGUUGCUCCGCUCUCUGCUCUUUGCGGCCUCUCUCUUCCAGGUCGACUGUUACUUUUCGGAGGAAAAGUAUCCAGAGGAGUCGAAAGUGCAGCCUCCCACCGUGGUUAUCGCCAUCAUAGCCCGGAACACCGCGCACUCCCUGCCGUACUACCUCGGCGCACUGGAGAAACUCAACUACCCCAGAGACCGCAUCUCAGUGUGGGCUGCCACGGAUCACAACGCAGACAACAGCACGGCCAUGCUCAAAGAGUGGCUCACUGUCAUGCAGAAGUACUACCAUUAUGUGGAGUGGAGGCCAAUGGAGCAGCCCAUAUCCUACGCCGGAGAGCUGGGUCCUAAACACUGGACCAACACCAGGUACGAGCACGUGAUGAAGCUGAAGCAGGCGGCGCUCAACUUUGCCAGGAAACGCUGGGCUGACUACAUCCUGUACGCCGACACUGACAACAUCCUCACCAACCCGGAGACGCUCAACCUGAUGAUAGCGGAGAACAAGUCUGUCAUCGCGCCCAUGUUGGACUCUCAGGGAGCGUACUCCAACUACUGGUGCGGCAUCACUCCGCAGGGAUAUUACCGUCGAACAGCCGAGUAUUUCCCCACCCGCCGCCGCCACAGACUGGGCUGCUUCCCGGUGCCGAUGGUUCACUCCACCAUGCUGCUGGAUUUAAGGAAGGAGGGCAUGAAGAAACUGGCGUUCUACCCUCCUCACGAAGAGUACUCCUGGCCUUACGACGACAUCAUCGUGUUCGCCUUCUCCUGUCGAGCUGCAGAGAUACAGAUGUACUUGUGUAACAAGGAGCGCUACGGAUACCUGAACGUCCCCGCCAAACCUCUCCAGACCUUGGAAGAUGAUCGCCUCAACUUCGUUCAUGUCCACCUGGAGUCCAUGAUUGAUGGUCCUCCCAUGCAUCCGUCUCGUUUUGUCCACAUGUUCCCCAAACAGAGAGACCUCAUGGGCUUCGAUGAGAUCUUUCUGAUAAAUCUGCGGCGCCGCACUGACCGCCGCGACCGGAUGCUGUUCUCUCUGAACGAGCUGGAGGUUGACGUCAAGGUGGUGGACGCCAUCGAUGGGAACGCACUGAACAGCAGCGAGAUUAAGAUCCUGGGUGUUGACCUACUGCCGGGCUACUACGACCCGUUCUCAGGACGCACCCUGACCAAAGGAGAGGUGGGCUGCUUCCUCAGCCACUACUUCAUCUGGAAGGAGAUGGUGGACGUGCAGAUGGACAAAGCGCUCAUCUUUGAGGACGAUGUCCGUUUCCAGGCCAACUUCAAACGACGAGUCCUCAGGCUGAUGGAGGAGGUGGAGCAGGUGGACCUUGACUGGGACAUCAUAUACUUUGGCAGGAAGCAGGUGAAUCCUGGAAAGGAGGGCGAUGUGGAAAAGGUUUACAAUUUGGUGCACGCCGACUACUCCUACUGGACUCUGUCGUACGCCAUCUCCCUACAAGGAGCCCAGAAACUGCUGAACGCUGAACCGCUUUCCAAGAUGCUGCCGGUCGAUGAAUUUCUCCCCAUCAUGUAUGACAAACAUCCCAAUGAGGACUACAAGUCCCACUUCCCCAACAGAAACCUACAAGCCUUCAGUGCAAGCCCCCUCCUGGUCCAGCCGUGUCACUACGCCGGUGAUGCCCAGUGGGUGAGCGACACCGAGACGUCCACUCUGUGGGACGACGACAACGUGCGCACCGACUGGAGAGGUUCCCACAAGACCUUGAAAGGGUCCGCGCCGGCACCGGAGAUGCUGUCGUCGGCCUACAGGGACGAACUUUAGUGUGGACCUUGAAAAGCUGUGGAGGAACCUGCAGGUCAAGACGCUCACGAGGUCUGAGAGACAGAUGCCGAGAAAGAGGAACUGCACUGAGAUUUUGUACCGAGUCUCCACCACGCCACACCCCUGACAGUGUCUUUUAACCUGGACUAUACGUAUGCUGUGACACAGACGGAUGCUUGAAGUUGCACAGCAGGUUAACCUUGAACAGUCAAGAUUCUUCUUCUUAAAUAUUCCAAGAGUUUACACUUUUUACAGUUUUUUUUUUUUUUAUACGACUGAUGUCAAGAGCAUUUUUGAAUGUAUGCCUGAGAGGGCGUGUGUUCCUCUGAUGAUUGCAUGUUUAUGAUGUUAAUUACAGAGCUUUUUUUUAUUAUAGGAAACCAGAGAGAGACUUUUCUGCUCAUCACAGACUGAUUUAGGAUCCAGUAGCUGCACUGUUCACAACUCCUGGACAAAAGUAUGAGACUGUUAUUGCUUUAAUUUGUUGUUGUUGUUGUUGUUGUUGUUGUUGUUGUUGAAUCGGUCUGUUACCCAUUCAUUUAAUACUAAGCUAAAUUUGAGCCUUUAUUAUAUUUACCUUGGCUUUAGGUUGACGUGCUUACCGGCAUAAUAUAAGACUAUAUGCAAGAAGUUUGUUUUUUUAUAUAUCUAUGUAUAUGUGAAGCGAUCAAACGGAAUGUUUGCAUUCUGCUAAAAUGUUUUAUUUUGUAGAAUAUCAAGCUAUUAUUAAUAGAUCUGAAACAUCAGAUCUAUUUCCUCUCCGGUUUUAUGAUUUCAUAUUUUGCUGCAGAUCAGAUCUCCAUGUAGUUUGAAAAUUGGUGUUGUUAAAUUCACGCAUUAGGCAUACACAUUUUUCAGUAUAACAUGUUAAAACUAUGUCAACAAAAUGCCUAGAUGUGGUUUCAGGUUGUCUCAACUGUACAUGUUGUUGGAACAAUGAGAAGUAACAUUUUUAGGUCUUAAUACACGAUUAUUUCUCAUAAAAGAACAGAUUCUACUAAAUGAAAUGAUGUGAAUUUAAAUUAAAGGGGCUUUUAAGAUAUUUUAGUCUUCCAAUUCCUCUCAAAAGUGACCCCAUGUCUCUCAUGGACCUUUCUGCUGUUGUAUCUUCAUUACUUCACAUGUCUUAAUUUAUUUGUCUCCUGGUGCUGGUCGACAGACCGAGUCAUAAAACAUGAUGUGCAACAUCAAUUCAAUAAAAGUGAAAUGGCUUUUUGA